UUCGCCUCUUGGGGUGUUCCGACUCUGCGCGGUCAAGCAGGAGGGGAAGACACCAGAGAAGAGGCUUGAGGUCAUAAGACGCUGGCCUUGCGCGCUGACUUGGCCGUCCCGGCCUCCGGCAGGCGCUCCCGGGCGGCGGCCCUUCCCGCGAGAGCCCGGGCCUGCUCGGCCAUUAGAGGCCCGGGCGGCAGCUCUGGGAGGAGGCGGGUCGGCCAGGCCUUGUCUCCAUCCGCGAUGCUCCCGAUUUCAAAAGGCUCCAGAGCAACUUUUGGGUCCUUUCUCCACAAGGAAAAGGAAUAGCAUCUCCGUCGUUCUCGUCACGGUGACUCCGGCCCCAAUGGCCCCCUGUCCCUGGGUCCCGGUGAGCACUCGGUGGCUUUGUUCCGGCCGUGGGUGUCGGUUACAGAAGUUUGAUUGGGAGAUUUGUCUUAAUGCCAGAUGGUCAGCACCUCAGUGGAAUAUUUUGGAUGGGAAAAAAUCCAGUGUGGUGGAAAUGCCUGGGAUUGAUUGUGCUUCCUGGAUCCAAAGGUCUGCAUGCUCCAGGCCAGGAGCCUGGCCAGGAGGGAGACACAAGAGGAAGAAUGGCUGCAGGAUUGCUGACAACCUGGUCACAGGACUCGGUGACCUUCGAGGAAGUGGCAGUGGACUUUUCACAGGAGGAGUGGGCACUGCUGGACCCUGCUCAGAAAAUCCUGUACAGAGACGUGAUGCUGGAGAACUUUAGGAACCUGGCCUCAGUGGAGUAUCAUCUCUGCAAACACAGUCUGAUCACUGAGGUGGAGCAGGAAGAGCUGAGGCCAGAGCAGAGAGGAAUUCUCCAGUGUGCUUAUAGAGACCGGGAUACUCAACUUAAAUCAAAAGACGCAAUUCUUAUGCAGAAUGUUCCUGGGGAGAAAACUUCCAAUGGCAUAAAAAUGGUGAGAUUCACUAGAAAUGAUUCCUGGUUUUUUAGAAUGGGAGAACUCUGUGAAUUUCAAGGAAUUAAACAGCAGCAGCAGACAAACAAGGGGAGACACUUGAGGCAACAACUCACCCUGGUGAGAAACCAAUGGAAUUUAAUCAUUGUGGAAAAUUCUUCAGAAAGAACUGUCACCUUAUUUGUCCGAGAUAUUGCAAGAGAGAGAAAUGCUACAAAUGUAAAGAAUAUGGGCAAGACUUUGGCCAUCCCUCAACUCUUAGGAGUCAUGUGUUCUAAGGACCCUUUUGCCUUCCUGAGGAAAAGAAAGAUAGAGGCAGAAAGCAUAAUGGCUGAAUGUUUGAGAAGUUGUUCUCAGGACUCAGUGACCUUCGCUGAUGUAGCUGUGGACUUCACCCAGGAAGAGUGGACUUUACUGGACCCCAUUCAGAGAAAGCUAUACAGAGAUGUGAUGCUGGAGAACUACAAGAACCUGACCACAGCAGGGUAUCAAUUAUUGAAACCCACUCUGAUCUCUUGGUUGGAACAAGAAGAUGAUUUGAGGACAGUGGAAAGAAGAGGAGUCCUUCAAGGCUCAGCAAUUCAGCAGGAUAAUCUUUGGGGAGAAACAUCUGUUGGGAUGGAAACAGUAACAUUGGCAAGAAUCCACAAUGGAUGGAAACUCUUUAACUGUGAGCAAUAUAGGAAAGACUUCAGUGAACACCUGAGCCUUAGGACAGGCAGGAGAACUCAAAAUGGAGGCAACACUUACGAGCAUAAUGAGUAUGGAAAAAGCUUCCUUACUCUGCAGAAGAAAACCUCUAUGGUUGCAAAGCAUUUUGUGUUUAAUCACUGUGGAAAAGCCAUCAUCCUGACUCCAAAUAUUGUGGACAGGAAAACCAGCGUGGGAGAGAAAGCCUUGGAAUGCAGUGAUGGUAUAGCUCCCUGCAAUCUUCUGGUUUCCAUUUGCAUCUUUUUCCAUUCCUUCACUUUGAGCCCCUGUGUGUCCAUAAAGCUGAGAGCACAGGCUCCGGACGCGCAGGCUCAGCGGCCAUGGCUCACGGGCACAGCCGCUCCGCGGCACGUGGGAUCUUCCCGGACCGGGGCACAAACCCGUGUCCCCUGCAUCGGCAGGCGGACUCUCAACCACUGCGCCACCAGGGAAGCCCUGAUAUGUUGUUUUGAUUGAAGUAUUUAAAGAACUUCAGCUAUACAUAGAUACAUAGAUGGAAAAGGGAUGAGUAUUUUUACAGCCUCUUCAGAUAAUUGUGAAUAGUCUUUGAUACUGUACCAAAAUUAACAAGCAGUCAUUUAUUUCUUAAAGAUGAGUUGCACUGUGGAAUCUGAAACUAUUAUCAAUAAACUUGUCAUACUCUGUCAUACUCUGUUACAAACAAAAAUCAAUUUCAGGUUGACUAAGAAUUUAAACGUGAAGCCAAACAUCAAAAGCUGAAGAAGACAAUGAAGCUGAACAUAUUUAGAAUCGGAGUUUGGGGAAGGAUUUCUUAAAUGAGACACAAAAAGAAAGACUAACACAUUAAACUAAACUAAAAUUCAGAAUCACUGUUCAUCAAGACAGCAUAAAGAGAGAGGGACAUCUACAACAAAAAUAGAAUUGGUAUCAGAGAUAUCACACUCCUAAAUAUCACAGGGAAAUGACAAAAUACAGAGAAAAAUCAGCAAAAACAUGUAAAGGUAAUUCCCAAAUGGAAACUCAAAAGAGCCAAUAAAUAUAAAAAGAUGCCCAUUCUCAUUAGUAAUCAGCAAAGUACAAAUUAAAAUGAGAUACAUUUCACAUAGACUACAAAACAAAUUUGAACAUAAAGAUUCUACACUCAGCGAAUUCAUUUUUAGAGUAACUCAUGUAUAUGUGCAAUGGGAGGUGUGCAAGAAUGUCUACAGCAACAUUAUUCAUAAUGGAUAAAAGCUGCAAACAACCCAAGGCGGUAGAGCAAUCUUCCAUCUCUUGGCUUGGUUGAUGGGUACAAGUUUAUUCGUUUUUUUUAACUGUACUUACACGUUUUCAUCAAAUCUUCUCUAUUUCCCAUUUUUUAAAAGAAAAAUGUGGAAUAGAAAUCAUAACUAUUAAGGUGGUAGAAAUUAAUCCAGUAUGUUAGGAAUCACAGUAAAAAAACUGGAUGGGUUUACAGAUUGAAAGACAUUUUCAGAUUGGAUUGGGGUGGGGGUAGGAUCCAGCUACAUCCUCUUUACAAGAGAUACAUCUAAGUACACAGAAGGUUCAAAUGAGAAGGAUGGAGAACUAUCUAACAGACAGAAAACUGGCAUGGCUUUAUUAAUAACAUCAAACAAAACAGACCUAAAAAAUCUUUCUCCUUAUUGUCUCCAGUUUUUCUCCUAGUUUCUUCUGAACCCAUUUCAAUCAGGUUUUUGUGGACAGUAGCUCACAGAAUCAGCUUUGACAGUGACUCCCAUUGCUAUUUUGAUAUGUGUUGUCAAGUCCAGUCAGAAGGAAGGGAGAAGGGCCGAGGAAGGCUGGGUCCAAAGAGUCUUGGACAGAGGCGCAGUCUAGCCAAGUUAGGGCCAGACCAGUGGGGGGUUCUUGAACCAUGGCCAUCAGUGGAAGAGCCCUACAACCCACAAAUGGGCUUGUACUAUAUUACUCCUGCCAGGCUUAGUCACUGCUAGGAAUAGUCUUAGCACAACCCCAGAGGUAGUUUCUGGGAGGGUCAGCAACCAGGGCCACCAGCAAACUCAGCCCCCUAGUUGGGUACCCAAGGGGUAGAUUCUUAUGACUACUGCACCAGAACAAACUACUCAGCUGGGAGUAAUAAACAUUUCCUGAGAGUAAUAAAAAGAAAUUCCUGAUAGCUCCCCCACCAUGAAACUACAAUGAAGACUUUUUUUUAAAAGAAUAUUUCUUUUUCUCAUGUACCAUGAGUCUAGAAAUAAGCAGUUCAGGGUUGGUACAGCCACUCAGAGAAACCACUGAGAAGCAAAGAGCCUUGUGUUCUGGCUGCACCAUCUUUGCCUGUGGCUUCUGCCUACUGGUCACCUCCUUCCAACCCCAGGCAUUGUAUUUACUUUCCAGGCAGAAAGAAGGAGGAAGGACCAAGGACAGAGUGAAAAUAACAAGCAUGGGACUGCCCAGUUUUCAAUGGCUUUCCCAGAAGCCACACCAGUGGCUCCGCCUGUCUACCAAGGCUCUGGGACAUUCCUUCAAGAAAGGCUAAGAGAGAGAGCUGGGUUUUUCUGUUUUUUGUUUUACAGUAAACAUUUAACAAGUUGAGCAAAAUCCAGGUUCUGAGAGUCAGAAGAAGGGGCAGAGUGGACACAGAGACAGCCAGCAGUGUCUGCUACAACUGGGCCAUAAAGUCCCAACAGAUGCCAAAGAAUCCACAUUCUACAGGUCACUGACUCUGACCACAAACAACUAGAAUGGAAACGAAAAACAAGGAGACUAAGAACCCCUGGCACUGCAUCUGGAAAACAUAUUCCUGAAUAACCCAUAAGUCUAAGAGGUUGUCAAAAUGGAAAUAAGACAGUAUUUAGAACUGAGCCACAAUAAGUAAAAAGAUUACUUAUCACAACUUUCUCAAUAACUUAGAGGGCAUUUAGAGGGAUAUGUGUGGCCUUGAGUAUUUAUAUUAUGAAAGGAAAUGCAAAGAAAUUAAUGAACUAGGGGUCCAUAUUAAGAAUGCAGCAUAGGGAACUAUACUCAAUAUUUUAUAAUGGCCUAUAAGGGAAAAGAAUCUGAAAAAAAAAAACACCCCAGAUAUAUAUGUAUGUAUAACUGAAUUACUUUGCUGUACACCUGAAAUUAACACAACAUUCUGUAAAUCAACUAUACUUCAAUAAAAAUAAAUUUAAAAAAGGAUGCAGCAUAAAGGCAAACCCACAUUCACAACAUUGGCAUGGCCUCUCUCUCAGAACGAGUUCUCUGGUGAAUAGUAAGUGAAGAUCCACCCCUGAAAGCCCAUCCAUAGUCAUUAUACUAACAGGACCCUCCUUCGUGUGUCCUCACGUGUCAUACAAGGAUGAGUGCUUCUGAAGCCUUUAACAACUUUUUCUGUGGAAAAAAAAAAAUAUGAUGGUUUUCCGUGCAGGCAUACAGUUUCUGUCCUAUCUGAUUCUUUUGAGUCGAAUAAAGUGACUUUUGUCAAAAGGCUCUAUUUAAGUGUCUACUUUCCCAGGCCUUCUUACAUAAGAUUUUUUAAAAAUAAUUUUUAAAACUAAAUUAUAUUUCAAAUCCUCAAGAAAGGAUAUUUAUGGGAAGAAAUUUGAUUAUAGGUUGUGAGCUGAUAACAUUUUAUCCAUGUUAAAUUUCCUAAGUGUGUUAAUGAUAUUUUGAUUAUAGAGGAAAAUGUCGGAAGACAAUUCUCCACAGGUAGCUCACGUUUCCACGUGUCUUACUCUGUUCUGGACUAUGUCUCGGAGCACAGGGCAGGUUUGUUUGCUGUCCAGUGUAAUAAAGUUAAGAUCUCCCUCCCGGGCAAAGAUUGGGCAGGUUUGUUUGCAGCUCAUUAGAAAAGCUUGGGGUUCCACAGCUGUGACACAAACUCAAUGUGUACCAGCCACCUGGUCUGUCUGCUUCACAUCACCCCUGUGGGACUUGGGAGUCGAAGGGAAUUGACAGGAACGUGAAGCAUCUGCUGCCUGCUGUGCUGUAAUAAAGCCCUUGGUCUCUGACCCAGAAGUCUGGUGUCUUGGCCAACAUCCAUUAAACUGUGGGAGACUAAUUAGUUAGCUUGAAAGUAGGGAUGAUGAUCUUUCCGUUCUCGACAAUGUCCCUGUUCUUGGGGGUAAAUGCUAAAGAAGUCUGAUGUCUGUAAUGGCUCCCCCAUUAAAGAAAGUUACACAUAAGCAAAGAAAGAUACAAAACAAUUGUCAAAAAACGCUGAUAACUGGUGAAUCUAGGCAAAGGCAUGGACUUUGGGGGAAUUUCCCCAACGAAUUUUAUGAGGCCAGCAUAUCCCAACAACAAAAGAACAGCAUGACAAAAGGAAAAUUUGCAGGCUGGUCUCACUCAAAGAUGCAAAAAUCUUAGCUAGCAAACUGGGAACAAUGAUGUGUAAUAAAUAUGUUAGGGUCAAGUUACCCAGGAAUGCAAGGUUAAUAGCACAGUGGAAAAAUCAGUUCAAGUAAUUUACCACACAAACAUGUUAAAUACAGAGAAGUUACCUGUAUUCAUUCAUUCAUUCAUUCAACAAAUACUUAUUGAGUGCCUACUAUGGGUUCUACCAUUGUUCUAGGGGUUUUGAAAUACAUCAGUGAACAAAUAUUAUCAUCUGAGGAGAUGCAGAACAGACCUUUGAUAAAAAUGCGACAUCUGUUCAUGAUAAAGAACACUAACACCCUAGGAGGAGAAGGGAACUUUCUUAUCCUGAUAAGGUUAUCUACAAAAAUGUUACAGCAGAUACCACACUUAAAAGAUAAAAUAGGAAAAGAAUGCCCGUUAAGAUCAGGAAAAAGACAAGGAUGCAUAAGACCAUGCCUAGUCAUAAUGGUUCAAGCCCCAGCCAGAGACAGGCAAUAAAAGCUUAAGGAAGUUGUAAGGAUUAAAAAGGAGCAAAGGAAAUCUGUAUUUGUAGAUAUGAUUAUCUAUAGAAAUCCACAAAAGAUCUAUGCAUCAGUUAUUAGAUAGAAGUGUAGCAACUUUGCUACGAGCAAACUCAACACACAAAGAAAAUUCUCUAUCAGGACCAGCAAGAGACAUAUACCUCUAGGCCUUCUCCAGAAACCUUAUACCCUGAUAUAGUUUAAAGUAUUCAGAGCCUAGGAAAGGAAACCAUUCCAUGUCUCACAAAAUGUCCAAAAAGACUUCUAAAGAACACAAGGAAAAGAACCAAAUUUAAAAGUGCAGCAUGGAAACUACAGAGUAAAAAGAGGAAGGCCCUGAAAAAGAUGACAUUGCCGAGAUAAAUAAAUACCCCAUCUGAACCCCCAAUAAAUGAGUUAAAGAGUGUUACACUCUUUAGAUCAUUCAGUCCAAAAAGGAUUCAUUAACUGGAUGCUAGCUUUUGAGAAAAUAGAGUGCGAUUGGCAUCUAUGAGGAACACCACAAUUCCAAGGACGACUUCAAAACAGUAUUAUGGGUAUAUCCUGCCACAAUGGAGACUGUGGCUAGAUUUAUCAAAAAGAAUGCAUAAUGGAAGCACCUUUUAUAACAGCUUUAGUGAGGUAUAACUUACAUACUGUAAAACUCACCCAUUUGAAAUGUACAGUCCAAAUGAUUUUUAGUCAACGUAUAGCGUUGUGCAACUAUCAACAUGAAUCGGGUGUAGAACAUUUCCAUCAACCCAAUAAGAUCCCUUAUGCCUGCUUAGUUAAUCGGGUUCCCCCACCAGAAACAAUAACCUACUUUCUGUUUCUGUGGCUUUGUCUUUUCUGCAUAUGUCACAAAUGGGAUCAUACGGUCUGUGGUCCUCUGUGACUGGUUUCAUUCACUGAGCAUAAUGUCUUACAAGGUUCAUCCACGUUGCAGCGUGUAUCAUCAGGACUUCAUUUCUUUUUAUCACCAAAUAAUACUUCACUGUAUGGAUAACUACAUUUUGUUUAUCCAUUCUCCAGUUCCCAAAAGGGAAACUUUUGGGGUUUCCCUUUUUGGCUAUUAUGAAACAUGUUAUGAACAUUUGUGUGCAACUCUUUGUGUGGACAUAUCUUUUUAUUUCUCUUGGGGGUCAAAUGGUUUUUCAUUAUGACCACAUAUCAUUUUACAUUCCCAGCAGCAAUGUAUGUUCCCUGAAUUUUGGAAGCUGCAUUUCCCUGGUUCCCCUUUUCCCUCAAGAACCAUGUUUGUCAAUAGAAAUUAUUAUUUUUUAGAUUUUUUUUCUCCUUUUGGCUGUGCUGCUGUGGCUUGUGGGAUCUUAGUUCCCCAACCAAGGCCCCUGCAGUGAGAGCACCAAGUCCUAACAACUGGACGGCCAAGGAAUUCCAGAUUUCUUAAAUAUUGAGGAUCCAGUGUCCAUACUUCAAAGUUGUGCAUGUGUUUAAAAAACAAAAAAGCCAAUAAGGUGAAGUGCUUUUGGAAAACAUGAGCCUCCUUUCUCCACUUAUUUAUUUAUUCAGUUGUGCUGGGUCUUAGUUGCGCCUUGCCAACUCCUUAGUUGCGGCACAUGGGCUCCUUAGUUGUGGCAUGCGAACUCUUAGUUGCGGCAUGCACGUGGGAUCGAACCUGGGCCCCCUGAAUUGGGAGCGCAGAGUUUUAAUCACUGUGACACCAGGGAAGUCCCUCUCCACUUUCUUAAUGCAAACUCUUUGCCUUAAAAGAAGGAUCAGCCAGCCUGGCUUCUGUUUAUGUAAAUACAAUUCUGUUGGUGUACAGCCACACCCAUUUAUUUAUGUAUUUUCUGUGGCCACUUUUGUGCCACACGGCAGAGCUGAGUAGUUGCAACAGAGACCAUCUGGCCCACCAAGCCUAAAAUACUACGUCUCCAUUUAUCGAAAAAGCUUGCAGACCCGUCUUAAAUAGUAAGUUUAAAAAUCUGCACAAAAUACAGAGUUAAACUACUGUUUUGGAGGGCCAAGAAAAGUAUAUCAGGCUGACCUGACCUAGAACAGUAAAUAUGCCCUGCAAAUUAACCCCCAAUGCAACUGUUUUAAGGUGUUUAGAGUUCUGUACAAAGCUCUUGAUUGGAGCACUGGGAAGAAAACUGGCCUACCAGAUCAUGUGAUGUGGGCAUGCAUGAAGAGGGAAAACAGCUUACAUGCCUACUAGGCUGUUGGUUAGGGUUAAACUGCCCAGGCUUAAUGUCAGGUUGGUUUUGUUUUGGUUUUUUUUUUUUUCUUUUUUUGGCCGCUAGGCGGCUUACAGGAUCUUAGUUCCCGGACCAGGGAUGGAAACUGAGCCCCCUGCAGUGGAAGCUAGGAGUCCUAACCACUGGACUGCCAGGGAAUCCCCUCACCCCCCACCUUCUUUUUUUCCUGUCAAAUUGCUGCUUCUAUUCUGGAAUACAAAAGCAUUUCCAUUUCCACAGUUUACAGCUUUGUUAAUGUUGGGCAAAAUCAGUAUGUUAUGCUUUCUGGGAUGAUGGAAAUAUUUUAUAACCUGAUUGGGGUAGAGAUUAUAGGGGUGUAUACACUGGUCAAAGCUCACCAACCUAUACAUUUCAAAUGGCGCAUUUUAUGUGGAAAGUAAGUUAUGAGACAGAAUUAUAAAAUUAAACAUCAUUUUUAAGAGAGAUAUUCAAAGAAACGAUUGCCUACAUGGAAACUGUAUUUAAAGAUUUCUUUUUUGUUCAUGGAAAUAGGGUAUAUAAAAAAAACAGGGCUUCCCUGGUGGCACAGUGGUUGAGAGUCUGCCUGCCGGUGCAGGGGACACGGGUUCGUGCCCUGGUCCGGGAAGAUCCCACAUGCCGCGGAGCGGCUGGGCCCGUGAGCCAUGGCCGCUGAGCCUGCGCGUCGGAGCCUGUGCUCCACAACGGGAGAG